CAUGGAAAAUAACCGACUCAGCUGUGCUGCUAUUAAAAGACCUCAAAUCCCAGAGUAUAGCUGUAGCCGGCCGGCCGGCUGUCAUGUUGGUGGACUCUCUGUGAAUGAGCUGCUGAGUUGAGCAGCUCCAGCUCCUCAGGAGAGGAAUUAAAAACUCCAGCCCAGGAAACCUGCAGAGGCCUGAGACUGAGCAAGUUGUAAUAAUAAAGCUAGAUUUAAAAAUGGUUGUAGAGGGUGAGAUGGAUUCCAAUGUUACCGAGCCGGAGAGCUUGUGGAAUAUCCUCCACGAGAUGGAUCCAACAUGGACCACCACUGUUCUCCUGGUGCCCUUCGUCGUUGUGCUGACAGCUGGAUUUUUUUACCUCUAUGGUUUCAUUGUUGGUCUGUUGUCCAAAACAUCAGUACGCAACAAGGUGGUGAUUCUAACUGACGCCUUAUCUGGGCUUGGAAAAGAAUGCGCAGGUGUGUUUCACAAAGGAGGAGCGAGGUUGAUCCUCUGCGGGAAAAGCUGGGAGAAACUUGAAGAACUUGCUGAUGAUUUGGCGAACUCCUCAGACCCAACUGUAACGUUUCCUCCGAAGCUGGUGCUGCUGGAUUUCGGGGAUAUGGACAGUCUGCCCGAGGCGAUCGCAGAGAUCCUGGACUGUUACGGCUGCCUGGACGUCCUCAUCCUCAACAGCAGCAUGAAGGUCAAAGCACCUGCACAGAAUCUGUCCCUGGAGAUGGACAAGUUACUGAUGGACAACAAUUACUUUGGACCGGUGACGCUGGCUAAAGGCGUGCUGCCCUCCAUGAUCUCCAGGAGAACUGGUCACCUGCUCCUGGUCAACAGCAUCCAGGGGAAACUCGCCGUGCCUUUCCGCACCACAUAUGCAGCCUCCAAACACGCAGUCCAGGCCUUCUUCGACUGCCUGAGAGCUGAGGUGGAGGAGUAUGGCAUCUCCGUCAGCACCAUCAACCACACCUUCAUCAGCAGCUCAGCGUCUGAAAACACGCAGGCAGCCUCCUCCAAAUCCAUCUGGUCACUGUUGUACACAAAGAAACCCAGCGGCGUUUCUCCAGACGAAGCAGCCGCUGAGAUUGUCAAGACUUUAAACAACAAGAGGAAGGAGGUGGUAAUUGCUCCUUCGCUCCCCAAGGUGGCCAUCUACGCCAGAUCUUUCUUCCCUAAUGUUUUCUUCGCUGUGAUGGCUGCAGGGGUGAAGAACACCGCCGCUGCCUCAGAGAAGAUGUAGCGUAGAUUUUCUGGUGAAGGUGAAAAAAGUCAGAGUAAGAACGGGUGUUAAUGAUGCAGUUUUGUGUUUUUCCAUUAAAACUUUUGACCUUCAGAUAGAAUUUAAACCAUAUUAAAUGUUUCUCUUGUUAGAAACACUGUCUUUAACUGAGAUGUGUGUAUGAAAUUAGGAUUUUAAAAGAAGUGUAGUUUGUAUUGACCAGGUCUGAGUUGUAGUGAAACCUAAUAUGUACAGUUAAACAUAGUUUCUCUAUUAGAAAUAAUUAAUUUCUGUAUAUUUUACAGGUUGAAAUACAUAAUGUCAUAAUCAAUGUGCAGAAUUUACAUACAAAUAGUGAAUUGUGGAGAAAAUGUUGCAUCUGUUCUUGUAUUUGUGGAUGUGAUUAUAUUUUUUAAAAAACAUCAAUAAAGUAGAUAUGUGUAUGAAUGUAAA